AUGCCUGGUUCAAUUCACCCAGUCCUUGGUCUCCCCGCCGAGCUCCCGCUUCCACUGCGGCAGGAGGGCCACGAGCCAGAGGGAGUUAAUAAGCCCUCAUCAUCCGUCAACUCCGACUCCUCGCAAACUCCGGCUCCCAAUGCCGCCCUCGCCUUGACCCUGUCGCCUCCGGACAACGGGGACGACCACUCGACUGCGACAACGCCCACCGCGACACCCGCGUCCUCAACAACAAAAACCCGGAAUCAUGACCUUGUCGCCGAGCCGCAAUCCACUCUGCCUGCAAUAGGCUCCUCUGCUUCGCCAGGCCACGACUUGUCGCAUCACCUCAACCACUCCCUUCCAACCUGUCCUGCUCCCGCCCGCGGCCACCGCAGGAGCGCGCUCUCGGUCGAGUCUGUCCCGCGACAGACGAUUAUGAAGGCACUGGCCUCGGUAGCACGCAACAACAAACCGCAGGCCCUCUCGCUAAGCAGCAUGCUCUCCGCACACAGCGCCCAGAUGGGCGCCGACACGCGGCCCGCGUCCUCUUCUUCGCAACAGCUCUGUGACGCCCUCAAUGGCCUCGCCCAGGCACAGAAUUCCCGUUCCAACGUCACCGCCACCCCGACCGCUGCUUUCCCCUCGCUGCAGUCGCCUUGCUUUUACCACAACCGCUUCGAUGACGCCGUCGACAUCGACAAGGUGCUUGAGGAGAUCAAGAACGACGAAUGGAUGUCGCAUUCGCGCUUGGUGCAAACAGCCACCGGCGUGCGCGAAGUAUCGAAGCAGCUCCAGCGCCGGCCCAUCAAGCGCGCCGUCAAGAACGUCAUGAUCGUGACCAAGGCACGCGACAACCAACUAGUUCUGCUCACUCGCGAGCUGGCCCUGUUUCUCCUCCAGACCCCGCGCUAUGGGUCCGACAUUGGCGUCAACGUGUACGUCGACGCAAAGCUGAGGCAUUCGAAGCGUUUCAAUGCUCGGGGGAUAACCGACCAAGACCCGCGAUUUCACGAGAUGCUCAAGUAUUGGACACCGGACCUGUGCUGGAGUCAGCCCGAGAAAUUUGACCUGGUUCUUACUCUCGGCGGCGACGGCACCGUGCUCUUCACGUCGUGGCUCUUCCAGCGCAUUGUGCCGCCCGUGCUCUCAUUCAGCCUGGGCAGUCUCGGGUUCCUGACCAGCUUCGAGUUUGAGCGGUACAAGGAUCACCUCAACCGCGUCAUGGGCGAGGACGGGAUGCGUGUUAACCUCCGGAUGCGCUUCACUUGCACGGUAUACCGCGACGGGCCCAUGGGCCACGAGAUGGAGGAGGGCGAGCAAUUCGAGGUGCUGAACGAGCUCGUCAUCGACCGCGGGCCGUCGCCCUACGUCUCCAAUCUCGAGCUGUACGGCGACAACGAGCUGUUGACUGUGGUUCAGGCGGACGGCUGCAUUUUUUCGACCCCGACUGGAUCAACAGCCUACUCCCUCUCCGCGGGCGGCUCGCUCGUCCACCCCGACAUCCCCGCCAUCCUCCUCACGCCAAUCUGCCCGCACACCCUGUCCUUCCGCCCCAUGGUCCUCUCCGACACGAUGCUUCUGCGCGUCUCGGUCCCUCGCAACAGCCGCGCGACCGCCUACUGCGCCUUUGACGGCAAGGGCCGCAUCGAGCUCAAGCAAGGCGACCACGUCACCAUCACGGCCUCGCAGUACCCGUUCCCCACCGUCGUGCGGACCGACACGGAGUGGUUCGACAGCGUGUCGAGGACGCUGAGGUGGAACGUGCGCGCCGCGACCCAAAAAGCGUUCAAGGCCGGCGGGAACAUUAAUAAUGGCGAGGCGGCGUCGUCGGAGGGCAGCGAGGACGAUGACGGGUGGGAUAUCGAUACCGACUCGGCGUGCUAUGCCAGCGAAGAGAGCAGCACCGCUGCGAGUCCGCUUAGGAGGCAGAUGAGCAUGUUAGGGCUUUGA